AUGGGGUACAGCAUGUUUGGUAUGGACUUGGCCAGGACUACCACAGUGACUGAUGAAUCAAGGGAGGAAAAACCAAUCUGCGAUAACAAAGAAUACUGUAUCACUCUCAGUGAAAAAAUCAUAACAGCAGAGGCUGGACUCUGUGUUGUGAUACCGUGCUCUUUCAAUACUUCUGCUGACUUCACUGUCAAAAACAUAAUUUGGUCCAAAUGUGAUGGAAGUGAAUCAAACUGUGAAACCAACAAAAAGCAGACAGAACAGGUGUCACUGUUGGAGCCUGACCCGAGUAAGAAGAAUUGCAGCAUCAUCAUCAAUAACCUCACUAAGUCAGACUCUGAAUCAUAUCAACUCACAGUUAAUGGUCUGGGUGAAAAGGAGAGUGGAUGCACCUUCACUCGUAAAGCAACUAUUUCUGUUACAGAUCUGAGUCAGAAGCCCACAGUGAUGGUUCCUCUACUGACAGAAGGACAGAAGGCCACACUGACCUGCACUGCUCCUGGUCUCUGCUCUGGAUCAGCUCCUACAAUCACCUGGAUGUGGAGAGGAAGAGGAGAGGACACCACUGAAAUAACAGGAAACCUAACAGAGAGAAAAACUGAGAAUCUAACUGCUGUCACUCAGAGACACAGCUCAACUUUGACCUUUAAUGCUUCAGCUGAACACCACAGCACCCAGGUCACCUGUAAGGUCGGCUUCACAGGUGUCAAGACUACAGAGGAGACGGUGACUCUGAAUGUGACCUAUAUCAAAAUAACUGGGAACACAACUGUGAAGGAAGGCGAUGCACUGAAUUUGACCUGCAGUGGUUACUCUUCAUCUGACAUCACAUGGACUGAGCCUGGCUCCAAGAAAAGUCAUGAAGCAACCAACACUGGAACGUCAACUCUUUUUCUCAGUAACAUGAGGUCAGAUCACGCUGGGCGGUACAUCUGUACAGCGAAACAUCUGAACACAACUCUGACCACAUAUGCUGACGUAACUGUGACUUGGUAUCGAAACAUAUCAAAUAAUUCAGGCUGUGAGAAGUCCAGUCAGUCGAAUGUUAUGACCUGUGUGUGUAUCAGUCAGGGGGUUCCCUUACCCACCAUCAAAUGGCCACUGUUGGAGAGCCACCCUGAGUACUCUGUCACUACCACUGUGUUGAAUCACACAGUCAACAGCACCAUCACCCUGCCUGUAACAGACCACAGAAACACUGUUGUUGAGUGUGUCAGCAGUUAUGGAAAUGUAGAGGAAAAAAUAACAACAACACAGAGCAUCAAGAUCCGUUCUUCUCGAUUCUACUCAGGAGAUUGUUAG